UCACUAUUGUGAGCCCUUCGUUAUUGUCAUUUUUAUUUUAUUUAUUUGGUUUAUAUUGGGAAAAUGAAUGAUUUAAAGAGGCGACCACUGCACGGCGAGACGCCCAGGACUCCUCCCCAGUCGAAGGAUGAAAUACCAAGUAAUAUUACCUUCAAAGUCGACUCGGCAAACAGCUACGAAGAAGGCACCUCUUCAGCUGGCGAACAUGAAGAAAACGAUUCACAGGACGAAACCGAUGCUCCUGAAGACAGGGAUUUGUCCCGAAGACGGAGUUUGCCAACCCCAAAACCGGAGUAUUUCAGUUCAAGGCAAGAGCCCCACCAUUCCUUCAACGAACCGCAGGCCGGCAAUAGACUCUGUUUAGCUUUAGCACUGGCCGGUGUUUUGGUCGGUUUGUUUUUUGUCUACGCUCGGGGUUCAAAUGAAAUAGCUGAGAAAAAGUGUGCCUUCGAGGUUCUUCGGGGAAAAUAUCCCCAGCAGCCGGAGAAAGUUUGGCAAGCCCUGAAAACUGGGGUCGAGGGACUCAUAAACAAGAAGGACAAGCAUCCCAGUGUGUUUUUGUUUCUGCAUCAAGAUUCCAAACUUAAUAAAUUAAUUAAUGAGAUUGCAGCUGAAUCCUCUAUGUGUUUUGGUAAGUUGGCUUUGGAAGUGGCCCCCCGCCAGCUGAUUCACAUGAACAGGGAGGAUUUCGGUUCGGGUACGGAAGACUAUGGGUUGGCAAUUGAACGUUUCAAGGCCAAAGUGAAUGAUGGAAAGGUUUUCCUAAUAGUGAAUCUCAAUGAAAUUGCACCAAGUGGAGCACGUGCUUUUCACACCAUCUGCGAUACCUACAGCCCUAUCGUAGAAGAUGCCGUUAUCUUCCUAACACUUCGCACAUUUAACACAUCCGCUGUUAGCAACUCGGUUCAGUUGGCCACUGAUACCCUGUAUGAUUUGUGGGGCAAGGAGUUGCACGACAAUGAGCUGGAUCCUCUUAUUACUCGCGUCACCGACCAGGUUCUGCACUUGAGGAGCAGUAGCUAGGUUCUUAGUUAAAAUCAUCAGAUCUCUAAGAAGCUUAAAGCAAUUAAAAAAAGUUAAAUUAUCAUAGGGUAUCAUUUCUGAAUAUUAAAGUAUGUUUUUCUUAAGAUUCGACUAUAAAGUACAUAUGUUUUUCAAGCGUUUUAUAAUAAAGAUAAUAAAAACUGUUAA